AUGUCUGUGAGCUGUGGACCACUGGGAACAUCUCUGACUCAGGAGAUCCUCAGCUCCCUGGGCCUUGCCAACAAGACUGCAGCCUGGGGGACUCUGGGUGCCCUCAGGACGUUCUUGAGCUUCAGUGUGGACAAGGAUGUACAAAGACUGCUGAAAGCUAUUACUGGCCAAGGUGUGGACUACGGUACCAUUGUGGAUGUUCUGACCAAUCGGAGCAGAGAGCAAAGACAGCUCAUUUCUCGAGCCUUCCAAGAGCGCACCAAACAGGAUCUAUUGAAGUCCUUGCAGGCAGCACUCUCUGGCAACCUGGAGAAAAUUGUGGUGGCUCUCCUACAGCCUGCAGCCCAAUUUGAUGCCCAGGAAUUGAGGACAGCCUUGAAGACCUCUGGUUCUGCUGAGGAUGUAGCCCUGGAAAUCCUGGCCACCCGAGCAGCACCCCGACUGCAGGAGUGCCUAGCAGCGUAUAAGCAUGAUUUCCAGGUGGAGGCUGAGGAAGAUAUCAGGACUGAGACCAGCGGCAUCCGGCAGGCCCUGCUUCUGGCCCUAAGCAAGGGGGGCCGUGAGAGCUACUCUGGAAUCAUUGAUUACAACUUGGAAGAACAAGAUGUCCAGGCGCUCCAGCAGACUGGAGAAUCCAGUAUAGCAGGUCAAUGGGUCCAGCUCUUCACACAACGCAGUCCUCAACACCUCAUCCGAGUGUUUGAUCAGUACCGGAGAUGCACUGGCCAAGAACUGGAGGAUGCUAUCCGGAACUGUUUCCAUGGAGAUGCCCAGCUGGCUCUGACCAGCCUAGCUUCCAUGAUGAGAAACACAGCGCUGUACUUUGCUAACAAACUCCACCAAGCCCUUCAGGAAACUGAGCCCAAUUUCCAAGUGCUGAUGCGGGUCCUUAUCUCCCGAAGCGAGAGUGACCUUCUCAGCAUUCGGGCUGAGUUCAAGAAGAAAUUUGGGAAGUCUCUCUAUUCUUCUCUCCAGGACACAGUCAGAGGGGAUUGUCGGUCAGCACUUCUGGCCCUGUGUAGAGCUGAAGACAUCUGAGACUUUCCUGACCCACCCUGACUUGGCAUUCAAAAGUCUGAGAUUCCCAUAUUUGGUUGAACACAUGGAAGAACCCUAAGGAACACCAUAUACCCUU